UUUCUUUGUUGUUGUUACAGGGCAUGCUCUUUAUCACGACAUGGACGCUGUACUAUGGCGUUAUUUUCGCUUUUGCGCCCUCAUUUAUCUGGGCUGUAUUUCUACGUUUUCUGGCGGGUAUUGGUCUUAUUGGGGUACUUAGUGUAUACAUAUUAUAUUUAGGUGAGAUGGUACCAUCCAAGAUUCGAGUAUGGUUCGUCCUCGCUCAAGUGCUUUCCUAUGGUACUGGUAGUGUGCUUGUAGCCGUAACUGGCAUGUUCGCUGUACCGGCACAGGGGUGGCGAUACCAAUCGCUAUAUGCUGCAUUGCCUGGCGUUGUAUGCCUUGUGCUAACCUUUUUUCUACCAGAAUCACCGCGAUAUUUAGCAUUAGUUGGGCGUAUGCAGGCAUCUGUCGAGGUAUUAGAAGACUUAGCGUAUAGUAAUAAAGUAGACCUUCCGCCAGGGGACCUCUUACAAACGUAUGAUACGUCUGAGAGCGACCGGUCAUCCAGUUUUCAACUUGUACGGAAGGGAUUUUUUAAACAAACAAUAAUCCUCUAUCUCGCUUGGUUCGCAUGUUAUUUUUCAUACUAUGGCAUGGCGUUAACGACAACGCCUCUACUAGCGGUCAGCGUCGUAUAUCCAUCUGAAAACAGCACCGCUGUUGAAGGGAAUUCAUCAACACUUGUUGUAGUCACCAGUGGUUCAUCAGACAGCAACACAUUCGAACCUCCUCCCGAUCCGCGAUGUGAUGCAGUAGCGGUAGAAAUUGAUUGUAAUGCCUAUUUACCAACCGACGAAGAAUAUGUAGAAACAAUUGUUGCAACGCUUGGCGAUUUUAUUGCUGCGCCGGUUAUGGUUAUUUUAGUGCUGUUUCUAGGUCGGAAGAAGACGUUAACAGUAUCCUUAUUAACAGCAGCAUUUGCUUUCGCAUUAAUAGCAUUUCUGAUUGAUAAGAUUGAUCUUACGUUUUUUAUAUUUGCCGCUCGUGCCUUUACCCUGGGCACUUACGGAGCUCUAUUCCUGUAUACUGUAGAAGUGUAUCCUACAGCUCUACGUGCUCAAGCCGUGGUCAGUUGUCAAUUUUGGGCUAAACUUGCUGGAGCUGUAACACCUUUUGUUGCACAGGGCUUGUUUGCAACAUCGCAGUUUUGGGCAAUGGCGGCCUACCUAUUUACCUGUCUCAUCGCUGGAAUAGCUACUAUUUUUCUACCUUUGGAUCCUACCGGUGAACUUCGAGAGAAUAUGUGACGCAUACAUGACAGUGGUGCCGGGUCUAAACGUAUUCCGUAAUUAAUCUGGAGACUCGUGUGGUCAGGCUUUCCGGGCAAUGGGGCAUGAUGUUAUGGCUGGUUGCCUCUUAACAUAAAGAAAGAUGGUAAUGUCAGGACAGUGCGAAUGCUGGUGUACAGAUCUGGUAUCGGACAUAUGUCAAUUUAUACACAGGCAAAUGGUGGAGUGAGACGUAUGGUAACUCGCAACUUACAGGACAGUAGUGCUGUUAGAGCUAGGCUGAUUUUUAACAAACAGUUG